AUGCUACAUCCAGAAGGGAAUUUCUUUGGAUCCUACACAUCUGGUGACUUCGGUAGUGUUAGGAUGGGUAAUUAUGGAUCAGCAAAAGCUAUUGGUAUUGGUGAUGUGCAUUUGGAGACCAAGAAUGCUACUACGCUGGUUUUGAAGAAUGUGAAAUAUAUCCCUGAUAUUCGCAUGAAUUUAAUUUCCACAGUACAUAAGAAGCUCAUAAGAAGUCGGGAUUUUGUAUUUGUUGAAGACCAGACCAUAGAAGAUAUUAACAAGACAGAUAAAAUAGAGUUUCAGCACAGUGAUGAUUUGAUUGACUUGGAUUCAGUUCCUUUGACACAACCUUCUAUGCAAACUGAGAAUGAGGUUCAGAAUGAUCUGCUUGAUGGUACAGUAGAGAGUCUAGAACAGGUUGAGGUUCCUACAGAGGUUUCACUUAGAAGAUCUACCAGAAAUCGGCGUUCUUCCACACAGUAUCCAGUUGAUGAGUAUGUGUUAUUAACUAAUGGGGGAGAGCCUGAGAGUUAUGAGGAGACCAUAGAAGAUGAACACAAAAGAGUGUGGAUUGUUAUGAGUUUUGCAGCGAGCCUUGACUUAGAAGUUGAGCAGAUGGAUGUCAAGACUGCAUUUUUGCAUGGUGAUUUAGAUAAAGAGAUUUAUAUGGAACAGCCAGAGGGAUUUGAGGAGAAAGACAAGGAGAAUCUUAUGUGCAAGUUGAAUAAAAGUCUUUAUGGGUUGAAACAGGCACCAAGGACGUGGUACAAGAAGUUUGAGAAUAUUUUAAGAAUUGAUAUAUUGAAGAAACAGUUGAGCAAAUCCUUUGCCAUGAAGGAUUUGGGACAAACGAAGAAGAUUCUUGGAAUCUGUAUAGCACGAGACAGAGCAUCCAAGAAACUGCAUAUGUCUCAGGAGCAUUACAUAGAGAAGCUGCUUGAAAGAUUCAAUAUGAGCAAGGAGCAUUACAUAGAGAAGCUACUUGAAAGAUUCAAUAUGAUCAAGGCUAAAAUAAUAUUGUCUAUGCUGUUGGUGUUGUUAGUCGGUUUACGUCCAAUAGAAAAAACAACAUUGGGAGGCAGUAAAACAGAUUAUGAGAUAUUUGCGAGGUGGUGCAGUGUCAUGGCAGUCAAGACUACAAAAGUGUGUUACACUUUCUACGACUAA